UUCCGCGCGGUAAGCAACGUUAUUUUUUGCUGUUUCCGCCAAAACAGUCAUUAAAUUUUGAACCCAAAACCCAAAAAAAAAACCCUCUCGCGCCUCACACCACUCUUCUUCACUUCCCUCCCUCUUCAUUUUUUUCAACUUUUCAUUAUCCCUAAAAUAAAUAACAACACUUCACAAAAAACCAAAUCUCAAACCCCAAAAAAAAACCAGUAACCACCGCAACAAUGGCGAAACAAUCCAAAUCCAAAAAACCAGAGUCAUUCGGCAAAGGUAAAGUCACACCAAUCCAGAUCGCUUUCAUCGUUGACAGAUACCUCUGUGAUAACAAUUUCACGGAGACCCGAAAAUUGUUCCGGAUCGAAGCUUCUUCUUUCAUAUCCAAUUCACCAGUCAACGAGGUGCCGAAGAGUUUGAUGAGUUUAGGGGAGAUGCUUGAUGAGUAUAUAUGCUUGAAGGAGCAGAAAGUGAUGUUGGAUCAAGAAAGGGUUUAUAUGGAGCAAGAAAAGAACCGGGUUCAGAUGUUUUUAAAUGGUGUGCAAAAUGUUAUGAAUGUUUACAAUGCUAGUAAAAAUAUUUCAUUAACCAAUGCUCCUGUGCCGAAUGCGAAUGCAAAGUCUGUGGCGGUUCCCCCUCAAUCGAAACUCGGUGCUCCUACUACUGCUGCAGUGGCCACUGCUACACAAAACACAUCAACUACACUCUCAGUGCCUCAGUCUAACACCACCAAUGCAGAGAAUGGAAACUUCUCAACACCGAUGAUUAGCGUUUCUAACAGAAAGAGAAAAGAUACCAGUACUACAGUCGAUGCACCUUCAAUUGCAAAAAGAUCUCGCGGUAGAUCAUCCACUACCAGUAGGAAAAUUCCCGUCAAAGGUCAAAACACACUGCCACAAUCAAACCGUGCUGUUAAUCAUCAAGUAGUUUAUCAUCCAUCUUCUGCAAGUCAAUCAUCGGCUUUGAAUUGUGUACCAAGUGGAUCACAGGUUCAAGGAUCAAGUGUCGUGAAAUGCUUGUUUAAUCAGUCUCGAACUUCUAUCCCUAACAAUUCGCAAGUUCCAAAGACUCCUCCAAGAACAAAUUCCAGUCACGGUGAUACAAAUAUAUCACCUCCCGAGGUUACUCAGGUAGCACCUAGCAAUGUAGAGGCUGUAUCUACUUGUUACACUGUAAUUUCAACCAAGAGAGUUAUGGUUAGCCCUGCAAAACAGAUGGCUUAUAUAGAGAGUAGCCAUUGCAUUUCUCCCGUUAAAAUAAAUUUGGACAAGGCAAGUAAGAGGGAUCAUGUAAGAAGCAGGUUGAACUUUGAUUCCUCUGAUAUGCCUCAAACUCAGAGCUUGGAUUCAGACAAUUCAUUGCCUAACGAGACAUCUACACCGGAGUCGAACAACGAAGUUCACUUAUAUGACAUCGAUUUCCCUAACUUUGAUGCCUUUGGCCCAGACUUCUCAUUUUCUGAAAUGUUAAAUGAUCUAGAUUUUUCUUGUGAGGGCAUUGAUUUUUCAUGCGAACCAGGAUCUAUUAAUUCAAAUGAUAAUCAAGUUAUAUCUGAACUACCAUCAACUUCGGUAGAAGCUCUAUGUGAGAAAGAUACGAACAUACAAGGCCCUGAUUGUUUGACUGCAACAAAUUCCGUCACAAGAACCAUAACAAUAUUAAGCCCAGAGAAAAGGCGACAAAGCUGUUUAGAUCAGGAGAAUUGUUGAUGUGAGAGUUCGGAGCAUAACUCGGGCCGACUUGCUGCAAGAGAUUCUUAUGUUCAUUGUGCCAAAGAAUGCAGCCGUCCUUAUGUAGGAUGUUGACACCAUUAUUUUGUUGCUUUACCUAUGAGCCUGUUUUGUCAAUGGUCAUCUAGGAAAGCUAAAAUUAUUACUUAGUUCUUGUAGAUAAGUUCCUUUCUUGUUCUGGUUGACUCAAUAGAUUAACUUUUAGUUGAACUUAUCAGAUGCUAAACAUGGUUAACUGUGUAUGCUUGAUGUCUAAAAGUAUUUGGAGCAAUAUUUUUUCUGGUUGAAAUACUGUGAAACAGCUUAACUUUGUACUAAACAUGAAUUUGCAUUUAUCAUUGGUUUGAACAAUUGGAGAAAAAUAUGAUCCUAAAAUGAAUUC